CCAAUGAAAACCGUAUUACAAAUUACGUGGCAAGCAUAAAUCAUUGUGUCAUUUAUAACAUUUAACAUAUUCUCAUUUGCUUAAAUUGCUACGCUCAACGAACAGAGCAAAUUAAAAGUAACAUUGUGCUUUAUUAUACACUAUCAAAUCGUCUUUACUUUACAUGACAUUAAAACAGGUUGAUAUGUACUACAUUUAGAGAAAGGCGUUUGAAACAUCACCUUUGUGUUUCAAAGUGUAACUUUAUUCUGCUACAAUUUAUCUCAAAGGAUAGAUAGACAAAUGAACUAGUUUUGGAUUAGUUGAACAAACUGAUUCCUUCUUGUGUGUUGUGAACCGGAAAACUAAUCAUAUAUUGGCGCGAUAAAUACAUCACGCAUAUCUGACCUUGAAAAGACAUUCAACACGGCUUUACAUGUGAAACUUUUCGCAGCAGAUCUGAUGUUAUGUGAAUUGUAAAUGACAAUAAGUUUGAUUAACGGUCGAGACAUUAUAUGUCUUCAAGUCAAUUUCUAACUUUAUCAGAAAUGUUUUAUAAUUAUUAGAUACUAUCGUUUGGAAAAGUAUUUCAAGGACAAAUAUACUAUUUGAUUAAAUUCAGAGUUACAUAAUUGGAGAGAAAAACAAUAUAUUAGAAAAUACACAAAAUGGUGUCGAUGGCGUUAUGCCUGUUAGAAACUGUGGCAACAAUAGAAACAAUGUUUCAGGUGACUCAACAAUAUGCUUUAUUAUUGGAUAAAACUGUGAUAAAUACAACGCCUGUAAAUGACAAAACAGGGACAGACACAAAGGAUACAAGUGGCGGGAUGCACCGAGCAUCCAUUCAUCACUAUGCAAGACAUGGUCUGUGCCGUACUUUCAAUGGGAAGAAAAAACUCUACAAAGCUUUAAAGUCAAAAUUUUGUCGCACAAAAAUAUCAUUUACGGCAAGUUUCGUGAUUGAAUUAUGUAGACGCAGAGAUGGUAUGCUUGACGAAUUAGUCAGAGAAUUAUUCGACGUGGAUGGAGACGGCUACGUCACGCAUUACGAAAAACAAUUGUAUGAUGCUGUUUAGUGAGGCGAAAAGGUUGGAACACAGAAGUGACUGAUAAGACUGAUAAUUAGCUAACAUGAAUAAUCAAAUGUACAAAACGUUUGAUCGGGUGUGAUUCACUCAGAAGUGAUAAUAACAUUAAAAAUGGAUAACCUGCAUUUAAAUUUCUUCAACAGUUUCGCUUAGGAAAAAGAAAUAUUAAUAUCAGUCAAUAUAAUGAAGUAUGUCGGUAUGAUCAACGGAAACAGAUACUUAAUACCGUUGUACACUGUACAAGUAUGCUACGUUUUUCGUUAUUUUUUUUAAGUUGAAUAUCAUAAUAAACAUAAGCCUAAGGGUGUUUAUUAAUCAAGAUCGAACAUUUGUUAAUAAGAAUGGUUGCAUAAAAAAGUAUGUUCACAUUAUUUGUUAAAUGUUGUAUGUUAAAAAG